UAAACAUCAAGCUUGAGCCCCCACCCACAUUAUAAUCGGAAACCACUUACACUCUUCCUGUUGUUGCCAUUGAAUAGCUACACACAUAAGAAUCUUAUUUUCUAUGCGACGAAAUGGCAGAAAAAGUCUUGGAACAACUCCGGAUUAAACUGAAGGAGGGAUUGACCGAGGCUGUCAUAAAAAAUUUGCUGGAUGAUCUUCGGGACGAGAAGGUGCUAGGAAAAGAGGAGAUUGAGGAAAUAGUCCAGAAGACCAAAACAAGAGCCGAUCAAGCUCGAGAUCUGAUUGACGGUGUGAGCAGAAAGGGGACAAAAGCAAGUGAAAUUAUGUUAAAAUGCUUGAAGGACAGAGACAACUGUCUUUAUGACAACCUAAACAUAGACAGCUGUUUAGAAAUUCCUGAAACAGGAGCAACCUGUAGCCCAGCACCAACGCCACAUAGUACAACAGACAAACAAAACAAAUUGGUCAGUGGAGAUGAGGUGUACAAAAUGCACAGUAAUCCACGUGGACUCUGUGUAAUUAUUAAUAACGAGAACUUUCCAGACCCAAAAAGUAAAAGAAACGGAUCCCAAAAAGAUGUUGAUUCUCUGAAUGACUUAUUUGAACAUUUGGGCUUUCUGGUUGAAGUCGAAAAAGACAAAACUGCAGAUCAAAUAAAAGCGCUUAUGAUCCAAUACAGUGAAGAUGCUCGUCAUGGAGACUGCUUUGUCUGUUGCAUAAUGAGCCAUGGAAAUGAGGCUGGUCUGAUGGGAUGUGAUGAUCAAAUAUGUCCCCUGAAUGAUAUCACCUCGCCAUUUGAUGGAGACAACUGCCCUGCUCUUGUUGGCAAGCCUAAAGUGUUUAUUAUCCAGGCAUGUAGAGGACAUAAGAUGCAGACUAAAGUGGUGGUUAAAGACGGUGCUGGUGUCAGCCAUAUGAAGAAAUCUGGCAAAGUAUACAGCAUUGCUAAAGAUUCAGAUUUUCUGAUCGCCCUGUCCACUGUUGAGGGAUAUGUGUCACUCCGUAGUGAAUACAGUGGAUCAUGGUUUAUACAGUCUUUUUGCAAGCAUUUAAAAGAAGGAAGUGAACAAGGCCAGGACAUCUUGAGGAUCCUCACCCAUGUCAAUAACGAAGUAAGCCUUGAAGAGGGCUUCAUACAAGAUAAGAACAAUGAAAUAGUAGAUGCAAAGAUGAUACCUCAGCCCCAAUUCACCCUGAGGAAGCUUCUUAUUUUCAAAGCACCGAAGCGGCAUGCUGCUGCUUCUAAACAGAAGAAAACCUAAACAUCUUCAUCCUUCACCUGAAGCAGAAGAGGAAGUCUUGCCAUUGACAUUCUAGAGAAAUCUAUGGUUUAUUUGUUAUAUUGUAUAUGUUGAGAACCAGUUUUAG